AUGCCCAUGAGUCUGGUACUGCCUGUCACAGCUCACCGCCGGACCAAACCACCAAAGGAAUCCACCAUCUGGUAUCCCUCACCAGAAACUGGGUGCGAGAGGUCCCGGGUUCGAUUCCCGGAGAAGCCCAGCAUAAUAUUUUUUUUGGAUUUCAUCCGAUCAGAAUUGUGUCGUUCCUGA